AUGUUGUUGUUAAUCAAUGUCCUUCUCACCUCGUGGUUUUACACUGCUCACGGACAGGGGAAACCUUGUAAUUAUCCAGUAAUAAAACAUGGACGGCUAUCUUAUUCAUACAGAGGAUACUUUCCAGCACGUGUGAAUCAACAGUUUGUCUAUUACUGUGAUCAGUAUUUUGUGCCUCCUUCACAAUAUUCCUGGGAUUACCUGACUUGCACAGCAGAAGGAUGGUCUCCAGAAGAACCAUGCCUCAGACAAUGUAUUUUCAAUUAUUUGGAGAAUGGACGUAACCCACGUCGUGAAGAAAAAUAUUUACAGGGUGAAACUGUAAGAGUUCACUGCUAUGACGGCUACAGUCUUGAAAAUAAUCAGAACACAAUGACCUGCACAGAGAAUGGCUGGUCUCCUCCUGCCAGAUGCAUCCGUGUCAAAACAUGUUCGAAAAACAAUGUAAGAAUUGAGAAUGGAUUUUUGUCUGAAUCUGCCUUUACAUAUCCCCUAAAUAAACAAACAGAAUAUAAGUGUAAACCAGGAUAUGUAACAGCAGAUGGUAAGACAUCAGGAUUAAUUACAUGUCUGCAAAAUGGAUGGUCAGCUCAACCUGUAUGCAUUAAAUCCUGUGACAGGCCAGUAUUUGAGAAGGCCAGAGCCAAAAGUGAUGGCACGUGGUUCAGGCUGAACGACAGGCUGGACUACGUAUGUCUUGAUGGGUAUGAGAACCGAGACGGACGCACCGCAGGCUCCAUAGUGUGUGGUCAAGACGGCUGGUCCGAUAAAGCUGCAUGCUACGAAAAAGAAUGCAGUAUUCCUGAAAUGGAUACAUACUUAGAUGCUUAUCCCAGGAAAGAAACAUUUAAAGUUGGAGAUGUGCUGAAAUUCUCCUGCAGUCAAGGCCAUAUUUUGGUUGGAGCAGAUUCAGUUCAGUGCUACCACUUUGGAUGGUCCCCUAAACUUCCAACGUGUAAAGAAGGGAACGUAAAAUCGUGUGCUCCACCUCCUCAACUUCUCAAUGGGAAAGGGAAAGAAAUACACAAAGAAGAAUAUGCACACAAUGAGGUCGUGGAAUAUGCUUGCAACCCCAGAUUUCUGAUGAAGGGUUCUCAUAAAAUUCAAUGUGUUGAUGGAGAAUGGACAGCUUUACCUGUGUGUAUUGAGGAGGAGCGUACCUGUGGAGAUAUACCUGACCUUGAUCACGGCGAUGUCAAGCCUUCUGUCCCUCCCUAUCAGCAUGGUGACUCGGUAGAGUUCAGUUGCAGAGCAGCAUUUACAAUGAUUGGACCCAGAUUUAUCACGUGUAUUAGCGGAGAGUGGACCCAGCCUCCUCAGUGCAUUGCAACAGAUGAACUUAAGAAGUGUAAAGGGUCAAAAUUAUUUCUACCAAAUGGAGAACUAGCACAUAAGAUUGAAUAUGACCACAACACCAACAAAAGUUACCAAUGCCGAGGAAAAUCAAAACUCAAACACUCAAUCUGUAUAAAUGGAAAAUGGGACCCUAAAGUAACCUGCAAAGAAGGUAAUCUCUUGUCCCUAAUGUUUUAA